UGUCGUCAUACCUUGUGGCGAGUGUGAUUGGUCAGCGUAGGUGGAAGUGCUACAAACGGUGUCAUUCACAAACUAACAAGAUUACUUUUCAAUCGUGAUAAAGAAUGAAAUCAACUUUAAACCUGUUUUGAGUUCCCUUUUGUCUGGCAUUUUUUAAUAAGGACCAUUGUGAAACCAAUCUGAGGACGUAUGUUGCCUUCUCUACACUGAUUUAUCAGAAGAGCACACUGCGAUACUUUGUUAAAGGUCUGUUGGGGUCAGACCUGUGGCACGACGCAUUAUGAACACUCAUUAACACGGACAGAUGGGGAUAAUGUUAUAUGGUUUUAAAAAUGUCCUCUAAAAUGGCCAGCUCAAACAACCUGGUUCAUGCUAGGAAGAUGGUACAGCAACUGAGAGUUGAGGCCAGUAUUGAGAGGAUAAAGAUAUCGAAAGCCUCAGCGGACCUCAUGCGGUACUGUGGAGAGCACGCCAAAUAUGACCCUCUUCUCAUGGGCAUCCCUGCCUCAGAAAACCCUUUCAAGGACAAAAAGCCUUGCAAUAUAUUGUAAUGGAACUUGCGCUACAAACGUCUUAUUUAAAUACUUUUACUCAACUUUGCCUUAAGUCCAAUUUUAGCUCUUUAGUAUAACUUUGUGCCAUGUUUUAACUAUAUCUAGUUCUUACAGUAUUUAUUACUGUAAAUAAACAUAAUUCAGUACUAAUUAAUUGCCAUCUUGGUAAUUAUUAGCAAUGCACAGCUAUUGGAAGUUUGUUUUUACCAACAUCCCUUGCAUUUUGUUUGGUGGUUUGAGCCUAACUAAAGUCAUUCCAACAACAUAAUCUCAUAAUUCAAGCUAAUUUUAGAUAGUUAGUUAGUUAUAGUUCUUUUACCAAACUGUUGCUUUAGUUUUUAUAUAAGAGGUUGCGACUAACCAACUAUAUGGUUAAAUGCCUCUUAACAUCCAAGACGUAGAUGUGGGUUAUCAAUUUCCUGUAGUAGCACAUAGCAUUUUCUUUACAGCAAAGGGAUUGACAUUAAUGUAUUUCAAAGAAAUUCAAGUGCGUGCUGGGUAAAUAAAGCAAUAUAGAAAGUGAUACUAUUUGUGCUCAGUGGAAUGCAGUAGCACCACUGUAUGUGUAAACAUAUUUUACACUAUUCUUUAAUUAAACUUUAUCCGUUUGUCACGGCACAUUUUCCAAAACGAAGACAACUGCUGUUUGAUUCCACUAGUGCAUAUGAAUUAAAUGCAUAUUUUAAAACAUAGGAUGGUCACAAACGUACGUUUAACAUUCAAACCUCAAAUGAACUAUCUGAGAAGAACUUAUGCAGUAUUUGUAAUCCUGCUCUUUACAACCAAAUCCCUGUGAACUUAUUUUUGUGAAGUUUCUUUUUGAUCGUUUUCUUUUUCUAAUUCUGUUCCCUUGCGAGUCUUCAUAACAUGUACUAUUUACAUACUGUACCUUGAAAGAUUUUAUUAAAAUUGUGAAAUAGUAAAACUUCAAAAAU